AGUCGGCUUGCUCGAAAUGACAUCCAGUCAGAGAAGUGGUCAAUCAGCAAGCACACUCAGCUCAGUCCCACCGAUGCUUUUGGAACCAUUGAGUUCCAAGGUGGAGGUCACUCGAAUAAAGCCAUGUAUGUGCGUGUGUCUUUUGACACAAAGCCUGAUCUUCUUCUACACUUGAUGACCAAGGAAUGGCAGCUUGAACUUCCCAAACUUCUCAUCUCUGUGCACGGAGGUCUCCAGAAUUUUGAACUUCAACCAAAGCUCAAGCAAGUCUUUGGGAAAGGCCUCAUUAAAGCUGCCAUGACAACUGGAGCAUGGAUAUUUACUGGAGGAGUAAACACAGGAGUUAUUCGGCAUGUUGGGGAUGCACUGAAAGACCAUGCCUCCAAGUCAAGAGGGAAGAUCUGCACUAUUGGAAUAGCUCCCUGGGGAAUUGUAGAAAAUCAAGAGGAUCUGAUUGGCAAGGAUGUGGUACGACCAUACCAAACAAUGUCCAAUCCAAUGAGUAAGCUGACGGUACUCAACAGUAUGCACUCUCACUUUAUACUGGCUGAUAAUGGGACCACAGGAAAAUAUGGUGCAGAAGUGAAACUUCGCAGACAGUUGGAAAAGCACAUCUCACUCCAGAAGAUAAAUACAAGGAUUGGGCAAGGUGUCCCAGUGGUGGCUCUCAUUGUGGAAGGAGGACCCAACGUUAUUUCUAUCGUCCUUGAAUAUCUACGUGACACUCCUCCAGUUCCUGUUGUAGUUUGUGAUGGCAGUGGGCGGGCGUCUGACAUCCUGGCAUUUGGUCACAAGUACUCCGAAGAAGGAGGACUUAUCAAUGAAUCUCUGAGGGACCAAUUGCUUGUCACCAUCCAGAAGACCUUCACCUAUACCCGGACCCAGGCCCAGCAUCUCUUCAUAAUCCUCAUGGAAUGCAUGAAGAAGAAAGAACUGAUUACAGUGUUUCGCAUGGGAUCAGAAGGACACCAAGAUAUUGACCUGGCCAUCUUGACAGCUUUGCUGAAAGGCGCAAAUGCAUCUGCUCCAGAUCAACUGAGUCUAGCAUUAGCCUGGAACAGAGUAGACAUCGCUCGCAGCCAGAUUUUUAUUUAUGGGCAACAGUGGCCGGUGGGAUCUCUUGAGCAAGCCAUGUUGGAUGCCCUCGUGUUGGACAGAGUAGAUUUUGUAAAAUUGCUCAUAGAGAAUGGAGUAAGCAUGCACCGUUUUCUCACCAUCUCCAGACUAGAGGAAUUGUACAAUACGAGACACGGACCAUCCAACACUUUGUAUCAUCUUGUCAGAGAUGUCAAAAAGCGUGAAUAUCCAGGUUUCGGUUGGAUCUAUUUUAAGGGAAAUCUUCCUCCAGAUUACAGAAUCAGUCUAAUUGACAUUGGCCUGGUGAUUGAGUACCUCAUGGGAGGAGCUUACCGCUGCAAUUAUACUCGGAAACGCUUCCGAACCCUCUAUCACAACUUAUUUGGCCCCAAGAGACCCAAAGCCCUGAAACUGCUGGGAAUGGAAGAUGAUGUCCCACUGCGGAGGGGAAGAAAAACAACCAAGAAGCGAGAGGAAGAAGUGGACAUUGAUCUUGAUGAUCCUGAGAUUAACCAUUUCCCUUUUCCCUUCCAUGAGUUGAUGGUGUGGGCUGUGCUAAUGAAGCGUCAGAAGAUGGCCCUCUUUUUCUGGCAGCAUGGAGAGGAAGCCAUGGCUAAGGCUUUAGUGGCCUGUAAGCUCUGCAAAGCCAUGGCCCACGAAGCAUCCGAGAAUGAUAUGGUGGAUGACAUAUCUCAGGAGUUAAAUCAUAACUCCAGGGAUUUUGGCCAGCUGGCAGUGGAGCUCCUGGACCAAUCCUACAAGCAGGAUGAGCAGCUGGCAAUGAAACUGCUGACCUACGAGCUGAAGAACUGGAGCAAUGCCACGUGCCUGCAACUCGCAGUGGCAGCCAAGCAUCGCGAUUUCAUUGCUCACACUUGUAGCCAAAUGCUGCUCACAGACAUGUGGAUGGGCAGACUCCGGAUGCGCAAAAAUUCCAGCCUAAAGGUAAUUCUAGGAAUUCUACUUCCUCCUUCAAUUCUCAGCUUGGAGUUCAAGAACAAAGAUGACAUGCCUUACAUGUCUCAGGCUCAAGAGAUCCAACUUCAAGAAAAAGAGCCAGAGGAACCAGAAAAACCAGUGAAAGAAAAAGAAGAGGAGGACAUGGAACUCACAGCCAUCAGCAAGAGCUGUCCCCAAGAUCUUAUCUGCGGGCAAGCAGAAGGCUCUGCCUACAAGACCCAAAAUUCAGGGAAGCAGAAGACGCUAGGCACAAGAUCAGCCUACAGGACCCCUAUGCAGGCAAUGUUGGGACGUGGCAAUGGGGAAUCUUCAAGAAAGAAGGAGGAAGAGGAAGUUCAGAGCAGAUACAGAUUGAUCCCCUUUGGGCGCAAGAUCUAUGAGUUCUACAAUGCACCAAUUGUUAAAUUUUGGUUCUACACUAUGGCAUACAUUGGGUACCUGAUGCUGUUCAAUUAUAUUGUGUUGGUGAAGAUGGAUCGUUGGCCUUCCACACAGGAGUGGAUUGUUAUCUCAUAUAUUUUCACAAUGGGAAUAGAGAAGAUGAGAGAGAUAUUAAUGUCAGAACCUGGGAAGCUGCUGCAAAAGGUGAAAGUGUGGCUCCAAGAGUACUGGAACGUUACUGACCUCAUUGCUAUUCUCCUGUUUUCUGUGGGAAUGGUGCUUCGCCUGCAAGAUCAGCCAUUUAGGAGUGAUGGCCGUGUCAUAUACUGUGUCAACAUCAUUUACUGGUAUAUCCGACUGCUAGACAUCUUCGGGGUGAACAAGUAUUUGGGGCCAUAUGUAAUGAUGAUUGGGAAAAUGAUAGACAUGAUGUAUUUUGUCAUUAUUAUGUUGGUGGUUCUGAUGAGCUUUGGUGUGGCAAGACAGGCGAUACUUUUCCCCAAUGAGGAGCCUUCCUGGAAACUGGCAAAGAAUAUUUUUUACAUGCCGUAUUGGAUGAUCUAUGGGGAAGUGUUUGCAGACCAGAUAGACCCUCCUUGUGGUCAGAAUGAAACCAGAGAGGAUGGGAAAAUAAUUCAGCUGCCUCCCUGCAAAACAGGAGCAUGGAUCGUUCCUGCCAUCAUGGCUUGCUACCUCUUGGUUGCAAACAUCCUUCUGGUGAACCUGCUCAUUGCUGUUUUUAACAACACCUUUUUUGAAGUUAAAUCGAUAUCUAACCAAGUAUGGAAGUUUCAGCGGUAUCAGCUUAUUAUGACAUUCCAUGAAAGACCAGUCUUGCCCCCUCCACUCAUCAUCUUCAGUCACAUGACUAUGAUAUUUCAACACAUAUGCUGUCGAUGGCGGAAGCAUGAUAGUGACCCUGAUGAAACGGACUAUGGACUGAAGCUUUUUAUAACUGAUGAUGAACUGAAAAAAGUUCAUGAUUUUGAAGAACAAUGUAUAGAAGAGUAUUUCAGAGAGAAAGAUGAUAGAUUCAAUUCGUCCAAUGAUGAGAGAAUCCGAGUUACCUCUGAAAGGGUAGAGAAUAUGGCCAUGCGAUUAGAAGAAGUGAAUGAACGAGAGCAUUGCAUGAAGGCUUCACUUCAGACUGUAGACAUCCGGCUUGCUCAACUGGAAGACAUGAUAGGGCGAAUGGCUACAGCCUUAGAUAAGCUUACUGGCCUAGACAGAGGGGAGGCCACUAAGAUACGGUCUCGAACAUCCUCUGACUGUACUGACACAGCCUAUAUUGUCCGACAGAGCAGCUUCAACAGCCAGGAGGGAAACACAUACAAACUUCAAGAGAGCAUUGAUCCCACGGGAGAGGAGUCCAUGUCACCAACCUCUCCAACUGCCAUGCCCCGCUUGCGAAGUCACUCCUUCUAUGCAGUGAACAUGAAGGAGAAGUGCGGGUUGGAGAAAUUUGAAAGCAUUUUCAAAGAAAGGUCCCUCAGCCUCCACCGUGCCAGUAGUUCUCACUCUGUCUCAAAAGAGCAAAAAAUCCCUUCUUUAGUGCCUACAAGCACUCUGUCAAUUGCUCCAGACUCCAGACGGCCUUCCUCUUGCAUAGACAUUUAUGUCUCAGCCAUGGAUGAGCUGCAGUCUGUCAUAGAACCCCUUGACAGUUCAAUGAACAUCCUUGGGACUGGAGAUCCAGCUCUCCAAGCUCAAAUAGCUUCCAGUGUUGUCUCCAGUAGUGCUUAUGUUAGCGGUACUCCGGGUGAUAGAAUUUCUGGCAGGAGUAUUGAUUAUGAAGAUCAAUCGAUGGAAACUAGAGUGUUUUCUUCAGACUAUUCACAAAUUGCAGAUUGCUCAAACCCCUGGGAAUCGGACCCCCCCAUGUACCAUACUUUGGAGAGGUCUAAAAGCAGCCGAUACCUGGCUACAACCCCAUUUAUUUUAGAGGAAGCACCGAUAGUAAAAUCUCACAGUUUCAUGUUCUCUCCUUCACGGAGCUAUUUCAGCAGCCUUGGAGUGCCAGUCAAAACAGCAGAGUACACAAGCAUUACAGACUGCAUUGAUACAAGGUGUGUCAGUGCUCCUCAAACCAUUGCAGAAAGGUCAAGCUUCCCUGGAGUUCAUGGAGACAAAAUUGAUGACUUAGGAUGCUGCCACCCAGAGAGGGAAGCAGAACUAAGUCACCCAAGCUCUGACAAUGAGGAUACCGAAACCAAAGACAAAAAAGCAGUUCCCUUGUCAUCUCAAGAUAGCAAUACAUCUAGAACAUUGUCCAACAAUAUCCCUCUUCCAAAAAUAGAGAGAGCCAACAGUUACUCUGCAGAUGAGUCCAACUUGUUGUAUGCACAUACAAAGAAAAGCUACUCCAUCAGUGAUAAACUUGACAGGCAGCGCAAUGCAACGAGCCUCCGAAGUACAUUCCAGAGGAGCAAGUCAUCCAGACCAGAGAACAGGUCAGACACCUUAUCAAUGAGAAGACUCUCUAGAACAGGUGCCUUCCAUAGCUUUGAGAGCAAGCACAGUUAGAGAUAAUAUGUGCAUCAUAACAAGAAGAAUUGUCUGAGACUUGUCUGCUCUCCAGUUUUUUCAUUAGCAGAAUGAAGUAACUUCAGACCAUUCUAUGUCAGCAACAGCGGACGUCUGCCAACAGUGAAGUUAGCACUUUCAUAAUAUGUCAAGCACUGAGGUUCUGUAUCUUGACCUAGUUGGCAUUUGCACUUAAUGGGAGGGGGAGGGGGGAAGGAAAAAUUAUAGAGACAUUUAAAUAAAAAUAAAAAUGGGUGAACAGUUUAAGAAAUCUGCCUUUCAAAAUAGGGAUAUAUUGGUUUGAAAGAGAAACAAAAUAACAUGCAUACAAAGAGGGUAUUUUGACUAUGCUGGUUUCCACCUCAGUACCAUCGCUGUGACAGCUAGUGAGGGCAUCUUUGUAUUACUCUAUAGAAAGUGAAAACAAAGUAGCCGUCAACUUUCCCCAGAUUUCUCACAUCCCUAUACUUCUGCCUGAUCAUUGUAAAAAGAAGUUAGCUAACACGCUCACCAUUCACCUGUAUCCUUUUUGUAUUAACUUGUAGGGGCACAAAUGUCUAUAUUUACAAGAAGAGAAGAAGAGAUGCCUUUUGUAUAGCAGCAUGAGGGAAAGGGAAGAAUUUGUGUGUAGCCACACGAUUUCCUGUUUUAAAUGGGAUUUUUAGCACUGUUGAGCAAGCUCAGGAGGAAUGUAAUUAAGUGGAAUAGUAAAUAUUUAUUUUUUUAAGCACGGGUAUCAGUUUAGAAAGUAUUUCAUGGGACUUUGUUAAAAUGUCAUAGUGAGAAGGUAGCAAAAAUAAGAACUGGCACCCUGUUCUCACUGUUCUGUGCAACAUGCCCAUCUCAUGCACUAUUUUCAAACUAUUUUCAUUCAUUGUCACUGCCAUAUUCUUCUACCAGUUCCUCCAUUUAGCUGCCAUUAUUUCAUUUUAAGGCAUGGUUAUAACUGAACAUUUUGGUGUUAAUAGUAUUGUAUGUUUAUCGUGUGGUCUGAACUUGGGUGAGCGCAGAACAACUGGAGAUGUUGAAUGAUGUUCUGUGACAAAACAAAUCCUUUUUAGAAGUUAGUUGAAGCACCGAAGUGAAAUUAACAUUUCUGGUAACUGCAAAAGCCAUUCCUUUAAGUAUGCUUCCUUCCGUUGUCUAGAAAGGCAAGACAGCAAAACAAUAAUACCCUGCCCUGGUAUGCAAGAGCCAUCUCCCCCUCUGUCUCCCUCAGCCCCACCCU